UAUGAAAAACCAUAGAUUAAUAUUAAUAAUGAAUUAAUACCAUCAUUCAUAUUCGCCCAUCAUCAAAUAAAAGCAUAGAUCUAUUGUUCAAAAACUCAGACUUAAAUCUAUUACUGUAGAUGCCAGAAAAACAUUUGUGCUCUCUCAACCUAAUUCAAAAAAAUAGAUACUCUCCCCUCUUGUUAAGAAGUAAUCUGAACAAUUAAAUUUCUGUAUCAAUGGAAAAGGCUAAAUUGAAUCUAAUUAACCAUAAAAGAUACUUAGAAGAAGAAACAACAAUUCUGAAUAUUAAGCAGCUAUAAUAACACAUUAUUCUGCAAAUUCUUUUACAUAUAGACAUAAAAUAAAUGAUGCAGGAGUUGAGUCUAUGUUUUGUAUAAAAAAAUACUAAUUGUUAAGGAAAUAGAUCAAAUGA